AUGUACAGCAACCUUGUCCAGCGUUGCUUCGAGCACUGCGUCGAUGACUUCACCUCGGCCAAGCUCUCAUCCAAGGAGGAGGGUUGCACCAUGCGCUGCGUCGACAAGUUCAUCAAGGGCUCUGAGCGUCUUGGGCAGAGAUUCCAGGAGCAGAACGCCGCCAUGGCUCAGUCUGGAAGCCUCAUGCGAUAA